UGGAAAGUCAGCUUGUUACUAUUGACACCAAAGCAACACAUCACAACUACCUACACAACAACACAACACAAAACAUACAACAUGUCCUCAAACGACGACACCACCAAGAAGGCCAACUCCGGCAACGUCACCGACCAGGUCACCGGCACCGCGCAAUUCGCCACAAGCGUGCUGGGCAACACAGUCGGCGGCCUGGGCCGCACUGUCGGAGGAGUCGCCGGCGCGGCAACCCGGGGCAUAGGGGACACAGUGUCGAGUGUCACCGGCGACGCUGGCCGGCCUGUUGGAGAUGCCGUGGGCUCGAUUGGAACGGGGUUGGAGAGCGGACUGGGCAGUGUUUCCAAGGGGGUGGAGGAUGCUGGGCAGUGGAAGAAGCAGUAAGGAAGGAUAGGGGGAGGCUUAAAUGAAAGGGCUUGCAUGCCCAACUGUAUUAUUAUGAUGAGUCAGUCACGAAUUUGAUCAAAGUAUUGUC